AUGGAAACAUCCGAAUUGGAAUUAAUUGAGAAAGAUUUAGAAUUCACUCAAUACAUUAAUAAUCAACAAAAAAUUCUUCACUCUUAUCAUUCAACAUCAAAACAUAUCAGCGGAGGUUUUAAUGAAGCUUUAUCAUCAGUAUCCGCAUCACCAAUUUCAUUCAAUACAAUUGAUAAUGGUGAUAAUAUUAAGAAACAUAUCCAUAAUAAGGUUUUUGUUGAGCUCUAUGAUUUAGAUUUGCAAAAAGGUGGAGAAUGGACGGAAAUAGCUCGUUGGAUUAAAUAUGAAGAGGAUGUUGAAGGAACGGAUCAUCAUUGGGGUCAACCACAUGUUGCAUUCCUUUCAUUUCAUGCUUUACUCUCUUUGCGAAAAUUUAUGCGAACAGGUAUGAUUUUACUUGACUGUAAAGCAAAAACAUUUCUUGAAGUUUGUGAUGAAGUAGCUAAUGCAAUGAUAUCUGAAGGAAUCACUUGUAGACGAAGAGAUAUCAUGCAAAUUUUAGCAAUGAAACAAGCACAUCCAUUAUUACGUCGAAUGACAGCGCUAUCAUUGGCUGGUUCAGUUUUCGAUCGGCGUCCUGAAUGUAAUUUAAUAGGCGGAAGUACAACGGAUAAUGCUAAAUUACAUAUAGAUUUAUUGAAACGUGAAAAUUCAUUUCAAACGCCUGAUAUACAUAAGCAACCAACGAUAGCGGAAGUUGAUGAAAUGGAAAAUGAAACAUUAACUGGUAUGAAAGGAAUAUCAAUUAGUGUUCCCAAACAACAAAGUUUUCCCAAUCUUCCGACAUUACCAGCAAUUCAGGAAAAAUUAUGCUUAAAUCCUACGAAACAACCUGCGACAUCAUGUUUCAUUUCAGACUCAAUGGGAAAAGUUAGGACACAUUCAUUGGAGCUUCAUAAAGGUGAAGAUAUCCUGAGGAAACUUCCCGUUGGUACCGAAACAGCGCAGAUCUUUGUUGGUGUGAUUCCAAAUUUAACAAAAACAUAUUUCGUCAUGCUUCGACUAAGUGAACCAGCAAUGAUGCCAGAAAUUCUCGAUGGUGAAAUACCACUUCGUUUUGUCGUAGUAAUUUUAGGACCAGGUCAACCGGAUGUUAGUUAUCAUGAAGUGGGACGAUCCAUUGCAACACUAAUGACAAAUAUGGAAUUUAAUGCUGUUGCAUAUGAAGCAAAUAUACGUGAAGAACUGAUCUGUGGUGUGGAUAAUUUUUUGGAUGAUUCCGUUGUUAUUCCACCUGGUGAAAUUGAUAGUAAGCGUUUGUUGUCCGGUGAUGAGAUUCGAAAAGCAUUAAAUAAACGACGAAAUCGAAGAAAAGUUACAACAGAAGAAAAUUCUUUAUCUCCAAAAAGUGAACAAAAAAAUGAUACUGAUUUCAAAAGAAACUUCGAAAAAAGAGAAAAAUGUCGAUUUUUUGAUGGAAUGAUUAGUGAUUUUGAAAAACGAUUCCCAUAUUACUGGUCCGAUUAUCGUGAUGCGCUCAAUUUUCAAUGCCUUACAAGUGUCGUAUUCAUGUUUUGUGCCAGCUUCGCACCCGCAAUUACAUUUGGUGGUCUGUUAGGAAAAUAUACGAACGAAAAAAUUGGAAUACUUGAAACUCUGAUGGCGCAAUGCAUUUGCGGUGUGCUUUGGGGAAUAUUCGCUGUUCAACCACUUAUGAUUAUGAGUGCGACAGGCCCGGUUCUUGUUUUUGAAGUUAGUCUGUAUGCGUUCUGUACUAAUUUAAAUAUUGAUUUUCUGACGGUUCGACUUUACGCUGGUUUAUGGGUGUUACUGAUCUCAGUCAUUACUGUCGCAGUUGAUGGAUCGAGGAUGUUACGUUAUGUGACACGUUUCACCGAAGACAUCUUUACUUCAUUGAUUUCAAUGAUUUUCAUCGCAGAAAGUUUACGAUUUGUUUAUCAGACAUUCAUUCGUAAUCCGGUUGCAAAUUUCGAAUUUUAUCGACUUAUUCGUCAAGAAUGCAAAAUGGAUGAUAUCAGCGAUAAGAAAAAUGAUUCAGAGAUGAUAAGAAUUUGUGAUGGUGAACCAAAUACAGCUUUAUUAACUACCUGUAUUAUGAUCUCUACAUUUGCAUUAGCAUACGGAUUAAGACAACUACGACAAAGCUAUUAUUUGGGAAGAACGCUUCGACGUGCACUUGGUGAUUUUGGUGUGCUAAUUUCAAUUGCGGUAGUUGCAAGUCUUGCACAUUUAUUAGUUCCAGAUCCUUAUUUACAGCGUUUGGAAGUGCCGGAUCAUUUUAGCUUUACAAAUAUUGAAGCACGACGUCAUGGCUUAUUUGUUUCUGCGUAUUUGCCAUUGAAUCAAUUUUGGGUAAUUAUCGUAUCACUAGUUGCAGCAUUGCUCGUUUUUAUACUUUUAUUUGUUGAAACCGAAAUUACCGAAUUAUUGCUAUCUCGUAAGGAUCGUUGCUUAACGAAAGGAAGUGGUUUGCAUUGGGAUUUAUUGCUAAUGGGUGCAUGCACUUUACUUUGCAGUAUUUUUGGCUUACCAUGGAUGUGCGCUGCUACUGUACAAUCACUUGCACAUUGUAGUUCACUUUCUAUCGCAAAAAAAACUGCACCCGGUGAACGACCCGGUGUAGAUCAUGUUCUUGAACAACGAGUUACAACAAUUGGUGUAUCAUUGUUAAUGGGAUUAUUUGCAUUCGGUGGUUCAUACCUACGACUUCCAUUAGCAUCUCUAUUCGGUGUUUUCUUGUAUUUAGGUGUUAUGAAUCUUACAGGUGUACAAUUUGUUCAACGAAUUAUCCUUUUCUUUAUACCAGAAAAAUAUUUUCCAAAUACACCAUAUACAGAAUCGGUUGACAUUCGUCGAAUGCAUUUGUAUACAACAAUACAGAUAAUAUGUCUAAUUAUCAUUUAUGCUGUGAAAUAUUUCAAACGAACAGCUCUUGCUUUUCCAUUCAUUUUAAUGCUUUUUAUCCUUUUACGACAACUUUUCCUUAAAAAAAUUUUCACUGAAAAAGAACUUAAAGCGUUAGAUGGAGAUGAUGAAUCAAACAACGAAAUUGGCUGGCUAGAGAAAGAUUUCUUUGAAAAUACUCCAUUACCUGUAUGA